AAAGAAUGUUUCAAUAUGGCCGUCCAACUUGAGGUUUAAAAGUUUAAUCGCGAAAUUAUGGCGAAAGCUGCCAAUAUGGGGAAAGAACACAUAGAAUGCAUGGCAUCAUCGAUAGUUCGAGAAUAUUUAAGUAGAAAGGGACUCAAGAAUACUCUACAAGUUAUGGAUGAGGAAAUGCCACGUACAGAAGGAGCUAUUAGUAACAGACAGUCUUUAAUGAAAGAAUUGCACAUUGAAAGACUAAUGAAAAGAAAUAAGGAGAGAGAUGAUCCUUUCAGAGCUAUGUUAGAGAUAAUCAUUGCCAGCUUUGUUGAGAAUGGAGUCAGUCAGCCAAAGUCUGAAAGUAGACCAUCUACAGCCCAGAGAACAAAGCCUCCAGACAUCCUAGAUAUCAGUCCUGCAGCCGACAGGCCAACUUCUCCUGCUGAACAGAGGCAAAACAGGGUAUCAUCUCAACCUGCAAAGAAAACUACAACAGUUAAAUCUGGGGACUUACUUAUUGAGGAUGAUGUAGAAAGUCACACAGUUCUUGGUGAUGGUAAAGCUGGACUUAUGGACACACCAAUUGUCAGUGAGAUAGACCCUCCACAUAGAACACAAACUAGACCAAGAAGUGCCAAAGUCAAAAAUAUGGGUGGUCCAAUUUCUUCAAAUUUAGAUACUCUAGGAAAAGGCAGAAACUUUCACAAGCCACGACCAUUGUCAUCAUCUGGAAGAGGUGGGAAAAAACUCGAUCUUUCAGAUUUGAAUUCAGGACCAGAUAUUAUGAAAAGUAAUAAACUGUCUUCAGAUUUAAAUAAUGAAAGUCUAACAGUAAAAAAAAUGGUUCCUGAAUCGAAAAGAGAAAAUCCAAGAAUGAUUCAUGUGAGCCCUGAACCAAUUAUUGAAAAUAUUGACAAUUUAAUUAAGAAAGAAAGAAAAUCUUCCAUCCAGGAUAUUUUAGAAGUUGAUGCUUCAGAAUCCCGUCCCAAGUCCUCAGUUGGUCGACCAAAAUCUAACAGAAGGCAGCAAGAAAAAGAACCAGUUCACUAUAGUAUAGAGGACUCCAGUAUUCUACAGAGGCCUCCAACUAGAGGGGUCCUUGAAAGGACAUCGUCAUCUUCAUCAUUAAAGAGUGCCAAAAGUUCAACUUCUAAAGUUGGUGAUGUAGAAUUUGGAGACGUUGAUGAUUUAGAUAACGAACUUGCUGAUUUACAACUUGGUCCAGCUAUGCCAUCUUCACGCCCCAUACAAAAUUUAACAGACGCUCGUCCAAUCAUAUUACAAACUGCUAUUAACUUGAAAACUGUAGUUUUUGGCUCUGCCAAUCAGAACUUUAAUGAUGAAUGGCGAUAUCAAAGUUUUACAUUUUGUGAUAUUCCUAAGUUACAGUAUGGUCUUGUCCAGAAAAAGGGUGGAUCAUGUGGUGUUAUGGCUGCUAUUCAAGCUACGGUAUUACAAACUUUAUUGUUCAAAGAUGGUAGAAUUCCACUCAAUAGGUUUGGAGAACCUACCAGUAUGGAGAGGUCCACUGCUCUUGCCAUAGCUUUAUCCAAGAUUUUCUGGAGAUGUGGUGAAUUUAAAACUGCUGUUGUUGUAAUGCCAUCAGGGAAAUCUCAGUUCCAAGGCAGUAGUAAUAAAUAUAAAUAUGAUGAUUUUACUGAAACUUUAAUGAUCAACCAUUUUAAAACCUAUGAAGACCUUCAGAGUUUUGUGUCACAAAAUAUCAGACAGUUUGAAUGUGAUGGAACUGGAGGUGCUAUAUUGUGUCUUUAUUCUGCUGUCUUGUCUCGUUAUAUUGAUCUAGUCAAGAGUGAUAUGGAUGAGCCAACAGGGAAGUUAAUGGGAGCUCAUGGUUACUGUACUCAGGAUUUGGUAAAUUUACUGCUGACUGGGAAGGCAGUGUCUAAUGUGUUCAAUGAUGUGAUGGAAUUGGAAUCAGGUGAUGGAUCACCCCCAAUGGUUCUCAAAGGCAUCAGUGGGAGGAGUGAUGUAGGACUGCUUUCUUUAUUUGAACAUUAUAGAUCAUGUCAGGUUGGAACGUUCUAUAAGACACCAAAGUUUCCUAUCUGGGUAGUAUGCAGUGAGAGUCAUUUCAGUGUGUUGUUCUCUAUAAAUAAAGACUUAGUUAAUGACUGGAAAGCUGAGAAACGAUUUGAUUUGUAUUACUAUGAUGGAUUAGCCAGACAACAAGAAGUCAUUAAACUGUCUAUAUGUACAACAGAUAGAUCAUACAAACCUCCAACUGGUGAGGAAGAACUGGUACCUCCAAUUGAUCAUUGCAUAAGAACAAAAUGGACAGAUGCCCAGAUAGACUGGAAUGGAACAGAACCUUUGUUAUGAUAGAUGGAUCAAAUAAUGAUUGUGUCGGCUCCAAGAUCAGUCCAGUGAACAUUUUAAAUUUAUUUUUUAAAAUCUUUAAUACAAUAUAGUAGUAGUUCUGAUAACAUAUAAACAAUGGACUGUCUACUGAUGUUUAUAUAAUACACAAAUAACAUAUAGACAAUGGACUGUCUACUGAUGUUUAUAUAAUACACAAAUUGGUUGUAUUUUAAUGAACAGUGGUCAGUCUAUUCUAUAGAAAUUCUGUUAAAACCUGAUAACUUUAUUUCCUGCACAGACAUAUUUUUGUUGCAAGAUAAAACUAUAGAUGCCUGCUAUGAACACAAUUGUCAUUUGUUUAGAGUAAUUUCCAUUAAGCAUCUUUUGAUUGCUUUGCUUUAUAACAAUUUGUAUUUUUGUAUGCUGAGCUACAGUAUUUGUCAUUUAAAGAAGAAGAUAUGAUGAGGCCAAUAGUUAAAAACACUUCCUCUAAAUGAACCAAAAUUUAAAACAUUUUUUUCAUAUAUCAUGUAUAUUGGUUAUGAAAUUGACAUUUUAAGCCAGCCUGCAACCUCAAAACUAAAUCCUUGAGUCCUUUGAGUAUUUAAGAACAGUUCCAAAAUUUGAGUUUUAUCAAGUUUGUUGUAGUUAUAAUACAGUUUUAUUUAUCAACACUGCUGUAAGAUUUUACCUUAUAAGACAUUGUUAACUUCUGACAUUAGAUUGUAGAUUAAACAAGAAGAAAGGGUUAUUAACUAAUUAGUGAAUCUCAUAUCAUUGUAUAAUACCAUCCAUAGGAUAUAAUGUUUUAUUUAUUAAAAUUUUUUUCAUAAAUUGAUCAUAUUCAAAACUGCAUAUUUCACUCUUUGAUUUCUGUGUAAAUGACCUAAGAUUAUCAAAAUAAAAGCAUAUCAAUGCAAGCAUGAUAUAUCACAUAUAGAUAUGACCAAAGAUCAUCAAAUCAAAAAUCAAUAUUUAUUAGUUUAACCAAUCAAUGUCAUAGAAAUUUCCCCCCUUCAAAUCAUUGGUUCACAAAUAUUUGAUAAUAUCUCGAUAUAUGUAUAUAUGAGCUGCGUCUGAUAGAAAUCGACCUAAUGCAAAUGAAUAUCAAUACAUCUGUCAACCUAUAUCGGGUUAAAAAAUAUCUACGGAAAAUCUGUAACUGUAUGAAAAUUGAGUUGUUAUAAGAACUCUACAAAACAGACCAAAAUUCUUCUUUUAUUUUGUUUUUUGAAUGUUCUGAAAUCAGUCAGAAUCUUAUACAUGUACAUGUAUAUGUGCACUUGCAUAAGGUUGAUUUCUAUCCGUCGUAGCUCAUAUAAUAAUGUAAUUUUUCAUACUACAUUCUGUAUGUUCAUUCAGAUACAAAUAUUGGUCUAUAGAAACUGCAAGUUCAUUCCAUGCUGGUUAAGUUCAUCUUUUGUCAGUUUUUUAGCUCACCUGGUCCGUCGUCCGUAAACUUUUACAAAAAUCUUCUCCUCUGAAACUACUGGGCCAAAUUUGACCAAACUUGGCCACAAUCAUCAUUGGGGUAUCUAGUUUAAAAAAUGUGUCCGGUGACCCGGCCGACCAACCAAGAUGGCCACCAUGGCUAAAAAUAGAACAUAGGGGUAAAAUGUAGAAUUUGGCUUAUAUCUCUGAAACCAAAGCAUUUAGAGCAAAUCUGACAUGGGGUUAAAUUGUUAAUCAGGUCAAGAUCUAAUUGCUCUGAAAUUUUCAGAUGAAUCUGACAACCCGUUGUUGGGUUGUUGCCCCUGAAUUGGUAAUUUUAAGGAAAUUUUGCCGUUUUUGGUUAUUAUCUUGAAUAUUAUUAGAGAUAGAGAUAAACUGUAAACAGCUAUAAUGUUCAGCAAAGUAAGAUCUACAAAUAAGUCAACUUGACCAAAUGGUCAGUUAACCCCUUAAGGAGUUAUUGCCCUUUAUAGUAAAUUUUUAACCAUUUUUCGUAAAUUUUUGUAAUCUUUUACAAAAAUCUUCUCCUCUAAAACUGCUAAGACAAAUUUAACCAAACUUGUCCACAAUCAUCAUUAGGGUAUCUAGUUUAAAAAAUGUGUCCGAUGACCCCGCCCGCAAACCAAGAUGGCCGACAUGGCUAAAAAAUAGUACAUAUGGUAAAAUGCAGUUGUUGGCUCAUAUCUCUGAAACCAAAGCAUUUAGAGCAAAUCUGAUGAGAUAAAAUUGUUCAUUAGGUCAAGAUCUAUCUGCCCUGAAAUUUUCAGACCAAUCAGGCAACAUGUUGUUGGGUUGCUGCCCCUGAAUUGGUAUUUUUAAGAAAAUUUUGCAGCUUUUGGUUAUUAUCUUGAAUAUUAUUAUAGAUAGAGAUAAACUGUAAACAGCAAUAAUGUACAGCAAAGUAAGAUCUACAAAUAAGUCAACAUGACCAAAAUUGUCAAUUGACCCCUUAAGGAGUUAUUGCCCUUUAUAAUCAAUUUUUUACAAUUUUCAUAAAUUUUGUAAAUUUUUGUAAAUUUUUACAAAAUAUUUUCCACUGUAACUACUGGGCCAAGUUCAUUAUAGAUAGAGAUAAUUGUAAGCAGCAAUAAUGUUCAGUAAAGUAAAAUCUUCAAACAUCACCAUCACCAAAACACAAUUUUGUCAUGAAUCCAUCUGUGUCCUUUGUUUAAUAUGCACAUAGACCAAGAGGAGCGACACAGGCUCUUUAGAGCCUCUAGUUCUUAUUUAGAUCUGUUUGAAAUACUGUAUUCAGAAAUUAUUGCAAUGUUGUUUAUUAAUCUAAAAAAUGUGGCAGUAUCAGGUUUUCAAUAAUGAUAACUCGCAUUUAUAAUUUCAGUGGUAAUUUUCCUUCAUAAAAAAUUAGCAAUCACAUUAAUAAGAUUUUACAAUUUUGCCAGUGGUCAAGGAUUCACAAUAAUAAAUACACACAUUGAAUUCUGAAUUUACAGUACUGUAGGAUAUAUUGACAAUUGGAACCUUAUAUUUUUAGAUUACAAAAUUAAUCCAAACACCAUUCACAGAAGAUUUGUAUGUUAAGAUUAACAUAGUUUAUAGAAUCAGAUUAAUCAAUAAAAGACAUUCAAUGUCAACUAUAGAAUAUUUCAGCAACUUAAAAAUAGAUCAUUCAAGAAAUGUAAUGUUCAUUUACAGAAUAACGUAUCAGUAAAUCUGUCAAUAAAGAUAAAUAAUACCAAUAACAGAAUAUUCCAUCAGUUAAUUGAUCAUUAAAUGAAUUUUAUGUUGAUAUACGAAAUAAAUCAGUAAAAUGAUCAUUAAAUAAAAGUUCUUUUAAUAGACCAAAUACUCCCAACUGGUAGGUACAUGUAUACACAUUUGACUAAUUUAUACAUUAUUUUUUAUUUAUUGUACAAGUAUGUUGAUCAUUUUUCCAGGUUGUGUCAAAUGUAAUGUUUAGUAUGUGCUAACUGCUAUUUAUUGAUAUCUGUGAUAUUAAAAUUAAACUUAAACAAAUUA